AUGUCCUCAGAAGUGGAAACCGUGGACAUCGUGAUCGACUCUCUGCGGGCUGCCGGGGUCAAAUACGUUUUUGGAGUUCCUGGAGCAAAGAUCGACUCGGUCUUCAACGCCCUCGUCGACCAUCCCGAGAUCAAACUUAUCGUCUGCCGCCAUGAGCAGAAUGCAGCCUUCAUCGCAGGGGCCAUUGGCAAGAUUACAGGUCGGCCAGGGGUCUGCAUUGCGACCUCAGGUCCUGGCACGAGCAACCUUGUCACGGGCCUGGUGACGGCCAACGACGAGGGAGCUCCCGUGGUCGCCAUCGUGGGCAGUGUCCAGCGGUCGCAGGCUGCGAAGCGCACCCACCAGAGCCUGCAGGCUGUCGCCCUGUUGAGGCCCGUCACCAAGAAGGUCACCGCUGCCGUGGUCGAGGACCAGGUGUCGGAAAUCAUGCUAGAUGCCUUCCGCGUGGCUGCUGCCAUCCCGCAGGGAGCUACUGUUGUGAGCCUGCCAAUCGAUAUCAUGACGGCAGGCCACAAGUCCUCGAUGCCUGCUGCGCCGGCUCACGCGUUUAUCCCGCCUGCGUAUGGACCAUCCUCCGAAGCAGCCCUGGCUGAAGCGGCUAAGCUGAUCAGCCAGGCCAAGUUCCCAGUGCUCUUUCUGGGCAUGCGAGGUGCAGAUCAGAACGUGGUCGAUGCAGUCCAUGGAUUUCUAAGAAAAUACCCCAUCCCAGUCGUAGAGACCUUCCAGGCAGCGGGUGCCAUCUCUCAGGAACUGGUUCAUCUCUUCUACGGACGUAUUGGGCUCUUCCGCAACCAGCCGGGCGACCAGAUGAUCAGGCACUCGGACCUUGUGAUCACUGUGGGGUACGACCAGGCAGAAUACGACGCCAACCAGUGGAAUAUCGAGGGACAUAGCUUGCCCAUUAUUCACAUGGACACUAACCAGGCCGCUAUGAGCGUGUCCUACAGCCCCAAGCUGGAGCUUAUCGGCUCAAUGGCUGACAACCUGGCCGCGCUUACCGACAGAGUCACCACGGUAACGCGCCCCCAAGACACCCAAGUUGGCCAGUCUAUCUACAAGACCUUCCACGAGUGGGAGACCGGCGCGAAAGCCCAGGGAACCGUCAAUCCGAAGGGCCCUGUACAUCCUCUCCACUUCAUCAGGUUGCUACAGGGAAUGAUUACCACUAGCACAACCGUGACCAGCGACGUGGGAAGUCUAUACAUAUGGCUCUCUCGCUUCUUUUACUCGUACGCACCAAAGACAUUCCUGGUCAGCAACGCGCAGCAGACACUAGGUGUCGCCCUGCCGUGGGCCAUCGGCGCAUCAUUGGUCCACGGCCCCGAGCAGAAGGUAGUAAGCGUAAGCGGCGACGGCGGCUUUCUGUUUAGCGGACAGGAGCUGGUAACAGCCGUGCAGCAGGGCUGCAAUAUCACACACUUCAUAUGGAACGACGGCAAGUAUAACAUGGUCGAGUUCCAGGAGGUUGACAAGUAUGGUCGGAGUGCAGGCGUCGACCUGGGCGGUGUGGAUUUUGUCAAGUACGCAGAGGCCUUCGGGGCAAAGGGUCUAAGGGCAACCUCAUCCGAAGAGAUUGAGAGUGUGAUGAAGGAGGCAUUGGCAUACAAGGGGGUCUGCGUGGUGGACAUCGUGAUUGACUACUCGGACAAUCAUGAACUCAUGGCGAAUGUGAUAGCGGGCAGUAUAUCAUGAGUGUAAGAGAGGAGCUCAUAUCAUAGACCGUUUUCUUUGGAUCUAGACUGUUGGUAUGAAUCACCAUAGGCGGAGUGGGAGAAAUGGGAGGGUGACUUUGUGUCCUU